UCUUCCAGCUGAGAUAUGACCCCAUAAUAUAAUGUUUAUCAAAGAAUAAAUGAAAUUUUGAAGUUGGCAAAAAAGCAUCACAGCUAUCAUCAACCACCACCACAAUAAUUUUUCAAGAGUCUUUUUCCAAUUAAAUUCCGAGAUUCGAUCACCAGAACGCUUUGAUUUCGUCGAAAAUCAAGCUGUCUAUGGCGGUUUCACAGGAAACCUUGCCGCCAAAAAAGAAGCGGCCAACGGCGGGAUUAAUUGCGACGCCGUCGAUGGAAUCAGAUGAAAGGCUUAUCCGAACACUGUUGCUUAGAUCAAAAGAAACUUCGUCUCUGAAACCGAUUCCUUUUGUUUUGUAUCGGAAUUCGAUUUCGAUUAUUCGGAAAACUAAGCUUUUGACGUUGCUGCUUGAAGAUUUGGUUGUCGAUCACGUUGUACCGUGUUUUCCGGCAUCGGCGGUUUUGUGCUUUGAGGAAUUGUACAUCGUUUUGCAGAGCAUCAAGACGUUGAUUGAAGAUUGCUGUAACGGAAGCAAAUUUUGGCUUUUGAUUCAACAACAAUCUGUCGCGCACAAGUUUCAUGAACUCACACUGGAGUUAUCAACCCUAAUUGAUAUAUUUCCAAUUAAAGAGAUGAAUCUCAGCGAAGAUAUUGAAGAACUGGUGAAUCUGAUCCGUAAACAGUGCUCCAAAUCGGUGGCUUCGAUCGCCGAACACGAUAUUAUCCUCAGAAAUGAUGUUUUGGAGAAAUUGGAUAGAAUCAAGAGCGAGAUUGUUCCUCAACAAUCAAAACUCAAGGAGAUCUUCACGAGACUGCAAUUGAACGAUUCCACAAGUUGCACCGACGAAAUCGAGAUUUUGGAAGAAGAAGUUAAGAAUCAAAGUGACCAGAAAUCAAAGGCUGAAAUCGUCUCGUUGAUUGGACUUGUACGCUACGCAAAGUGCGUGUUGUACGGUGAAUCAUCGCCAAGAAUAAUCCGGUGCCGGAAUAAGUCAAACUCGACGGACUUAACAAUACCGGCAGAUUUCCGGUGUCCAAUUUCCCUUGACUUGGUACGGGACCCGGUGGUUAUAUGCACCGGUCAAACCUACGAUCGGGCAUCUAUCAAUCUCUGGAUCGAAUCAGGACACACCACGUGUCCAAAAACAGGUCAGACCCUUCUCCACACCGAAAUGAUACCCAAUCGUGCAUUGCGGAACUUGAUCGUAAUGUGGUGCCGCGAGCACCGGAUUCCAUUCGAAUCAACGGAGAUAAAGGAGAAAGUUAACGACGUUACUACAAACAAGACGUUAUUUGAAGCAACAAAGAUGACGGUAUCGUUUUUGCUCGAGAAGGCUCGAGCAUCGCAAUCUUCAGAAAAGGCGAAUUACUUUGUCCACGAGCUUCGUGCAUUAGCCAAGACCGAUUCAAACAGUCGGGCUUGUAUUGCAGAAGCCGGUGGACUUCCGUUAUUGGUCAAAUUCUUAGGCUCGGACCACCCGAACCUUCAAGUUAACGCCAUUACAACGAUCCUAAACCUGUCGAUACUCGAAGCAAACAAGACGCGGAUAAUGGAAACAGACAGUGUUUUAAACAGUAUCAUUGAGGUGUUACGAACGGGUGUUAGUUGGGAGGCGAAAGGAAAUGCGGCCGCAACGAUAUUUAGUCUUACAGGUGUCCACACGUAUCGGAAGAAGCUCGGUCGAAAGACUCGUGUGAUCAAGGGUUUGAUGGAGUUGGCUAGAACUGGGCCUGUUAGUUCCAAACGAGAUGCGUUGGUGGCUAUUCUUAAUUUGGCCGGAGAUAGGGAAACUGUCGGGAAGUUGAUCGAGGUCGGAGUAGUGGAGAUGGCUAGCGAAGUAAUGGACGGGUUACCAGAAGAAGGUGUCACUGUUCUCGAAGCGGUGGUGAAGAAAGGCGGAUUAGUUGCAAUCACCGCAACAUUUCAUCUGAUUACGAAAUUGGCAACGAUACUGAGGGAUGGGACGGAGAGGGCGCAAGAGAGUGCCGCCGCGACACUCGUAAAUGUGUGUAGGAAAGGUGGUUUAGAGAUCGUCACCGAGCUGGCGGCCAUCCCUGGCAUCGAGCGAGUGAUUUGGGAAGUGAUGGGGAUGGGCACAGGACGAGGGCGAAGAAAGGCGGCAACGCUAUUGAGGAUUCUUCGAAGAUGGGCGGCCGGAUUAUACUGCAACGCAACCGCAACAUACUCGACCACGAAUGCGAGUUCGACAACAACGGUCGGAGUUGUGUUGCCGGGGUAAAUUAUAUUCAAGAAACUUUAGUUUUUUUUUCUUCAUUUCAUUCUUUAGGGGGGAUUAUGUAAUUAAUUUGCAUAGUUUCAUUGGUGUUAAUCUUUGAUUUAAUUUCACUUCAAAAUGUAUACAUGUUUUACUUUGAAACAUUUCAAAUACAAAACUGUCCUUUUUGGGAAGUUAAAC